AUGUCUAUCAUUCAGCAACACACCUCAGCGUCGCUCGGCGACCAAUGGCGCACCAUCAACAUCGACGCCCUCGAGGAGGACUCGCCCUACAACUUUGACACCUCGACGCUGCACCCUCCGCAACCCGAGGUCAGCGAGGCAGAGGUCCGAGGACUCGCGGGCCAGGUCCGUCAGCUCCUUCGCGGCGGCGACCCCGAGGGCGCACUGCGCGGCUGCCUUGAGUUCCCCGUCUACAACGGCCCCGACGCCGCUAAGGACGCCCACCUCCAGACCAUCACCGAAGUCCUCCAGUCCAUCAAGGCGUCCGAGAUGACCCCUCUCCUGAAGAGCAUCUACGGCUCGCCCGGCGGCGCCGAGCUCCUCGACGUGCUGAUGAAGGGAAGGCAACGAUGA